AUGGGGAGCGGAGCCCGGCAGCAGCCCCGGCAUGUGCACGGGCAGGCGGCCAGGCGGGAGCGACGGGAGAACAAAACUCCCUUUCCAUCUCUCUUCACGGAUGGCAUCACCAACAAGCUGGUGGCCUGUUACACGGACGAGGGGAUGGCGGACGCGGUGCUGGUCCGUGUCUACGGCAGGAAGACGGAGCUGUUGGUGGACCGGGAGACGGAGCUGAGGAACUUCCAGGUGCUGCGUGCCCAUGGCUGUGCCCCCGACCUGUACUGCGCCUUCCAGAACGGGCUCUGCUACCAGUUCCUGCCGGGCAUCGCCCUGGGGCCCGACCACGUGCGGGACCCCCACAUCUUCAGGCUGGUGGCUCAGGAGAUGGCCCGAGUCCACGCCAUCCACGCCAACGGGAGCCUCCCCAAGCCCAUCCUCUGGCAGAAGCUGCACAAAUACCUCACCCUCGUGAAGACAGAGCUCAGCCCAAAGGUAUCCAACCCCAGGUAAAGGCAGAGGGAUCCCAAAGAGCCAGGCUCUGGCCUGGGCACCCGCUGCCCACCCAGCUCUAAGUCUGUGCAGGUAAAGCCUCUGUGGGAACCUGGGGAUGGUUUUGGGGCUGGAUCUGGUCACGUGGCCACUUCUGGAUCACGAUCCCUCCCUGAACCCCAAAAGCAGGUGGGAUGGAGACACCAGCACCUUCCUCCUGCCAGUCUGCAGGUGAUUUUUGCCAUGUUAGAGCAGAGGCAGCUCAGGGAUGUGUCUGGGCAGCAUCCAGGCAGGAUCCAACCAGAGCCAUGGCCUCCCACCUGCUGUACUAAUCCUCCUCCUCCUCCUUGGAAUUUAAGCCCAGAAUAAGCUGGAGCUCAGGCUGUAUUUAAGGUGGGGAUCUGAGCAGCAGGGGUGAGCUGGUGAUGAAUGCUUGAAACCCAGCAUAGAUUAAAGCAGCCAGUUCCCACUUCAAACCAGUUCGUCCCAUUUCUGGGAGGUUGGGUUGACCCCAGGUGAGUGUUGGGAUGUCUGGGAAGGAUUCGGGCAGCCCCAAGAGGCGGAGGAGGUGAAUGAACCCCAAAGCAAGCCAAUCAUUAACCUGCGGCAGGAGGCAGCAGGGCUUUUCUCAGCACUCCCCCUGCCGCAGGCAGACUUUACCCAAGCCCGUGCCUUCCGUGCAGCCAAUUAGGCAAUCAUUAACGAGCUCUCUUCUUGGAACUGAGACUCCUGAGGUUACUGGGAGGCUACGUGCCCUGGCAGAGUCCAAAACAUUCCCGUUGCCUCGGGGUUAGUCGGGUGUUCGAGGAGUGAGCGCUGGGGCGGUUCGGUGGCAGGUCGGGUGAAUUUGGGGGAUGGAUGUGGUGGUUUAGGGAGAAGGGAAGGGCUGAGGCCGGGCCGUGGUGUCUACCAGGCUCCUCCGGUACCACGCAGCCAAAGCUGCCCCCUCCCAGCCAAACGCAGCCUCGUUAGCCCUCCUUUGUGCCACUGAUGGGCUCGUUUACCAAACACCAAGGGAAGCCGGGGCAACGCCGCCCC